AACCAAGAGUGGGGGGGACAGAGAGACUGUGGUCAAACCCACCGCGACCUAAACAGCACCAGGAGGGAGAGGAGGGAGGAGAGCCGCAGCAGCGUCGCUUUCAGCCUGAAUGGGCUAGUCGGUUAGCUUAGCUUAGCAUCGUCCGAGAACUCUCCCGUGUUUUCCUCUGCUCCUCCCAGCAGUGCUGCCUCCACACCGCCCGGCUUCAACAUGAUGAAGUUUAGGUUUCGUCGGCAGGGCACCGACCCGCAGAGAGAGAAGAUAAAACAGGAGCUGUUCGCCUUCAACAAGACGGUGGAGCAUGGGUUCCCUCAUCAGCCCAGCGCUUUGGCCUUUGACCCCAAACUGGAACUUAUGGCCAUCGGAACAAAGUCAGGAGCCAUCAAAGUCUACGGCUCUCCUGGUGUGGAGUUCACAGGACUACACAGAGACACCACUGCCGUCACACAGAUCCACUUCCUGCCUGGACAGGGCCGCCUGCUGUCACUGCUGGAUGACAACACGAUUCACCUGUGGGAGCUGGUGGCCGGCCCCCCUAGAGAGGUGGGAGGGGUUAAGAGAGAAGGCGUGGUCUAUCUAGAGGAAGUGGACAGCUACAGCCUCCCAGGAAGACCCGGCAUUGAGAGCUGCAGUGCCACUCGGGUGACCGUCCUCCUCUUGUUGAGGUCCAGCGACCUGCUGUGCAUCGGGACGGAGGGAGGGGGCGUUUACUUCCUGGAGUUGCCCCGUCUGUCACUGAAGGACAACCAGACGCUGCUCCAGGAUCAGGUCAUGCAGAGCCUGCCAGAUGAUUACAGAUGUGGGAAGUCCUUGGGGCCGGUGGAGUCUCUUCAGGAACAUCCCCAGCAGUCAGGGAAGCUUCUGAUUGGCUACAGCCGAGGCCUGGUGGUCCUGUGGGAUCUGACCACCCGGCGUGCCGAGCAGCUCUUCCUGGGCAAGCAGCAGCUGGAGAGUCUGGUGUGGGAACGCUCUGGAAACUUAUUUGUCAGUUCUCAUAACGAUGGCGGCUACUCUGUGUGGGCUGUUUCUAAGAGCAACACCUACAAUCACCAGCCAGUGUCCUCCAGCAUCCCAUAUGGUCCGUUUCCCUGUAAGGCCAUCAACAAGGUCCUGUGGAGAACAACUCAGACGGGGUCUCCAGUGUUGUUGUACAGCGGCGGGAUGCCCAGAGCCAGCUACGGUGACCGCCACUGUCUGACCAUCCAGCAGGACAAAGACCACGUCACUCUGGACUUCACAUCGCGGGUCAUCGACUUCUUCACUGUCCACAGCGUCGAGCAAGAGAAAGAGUUUGAUGAACCGUCUGCGGUGGUCGUUCUACUGGAAGAGGAGCUGGUUGUGAUCGACCUCCAGACCCCCGGGUGGCCGUCACUGCCCACUCCCUACCUGGCUCCUCUCCACUCCUCAGCCAUCACCUGCUCCUUCCACGUCUCCAGCGUCCCGCCCAAACUCUGGGAGCGGCUGGUCAACGCCGGCAAAGCACAGCGGGGCCGUCAACACGCACACGGGAGUUGGCCCAUUUGUGGAGGGAAAAACAUCGCUCCUCCACCCAAACAUCAAGAGCUGCUAUUGACAGGGCACGAGGACGGCACCGUGCGUUUCUGGGACGCAUCGGGCGUCGCUCUCACUCCGCUGUACAAACUCGGCACAGCCAACGUCUUCCACACCGACUGCGACCCUAGCGACGACCCCCAGGACUCUAGCGACGACCCCGACAUGCAGCAAGAGGAGGAAUGGCCUCCCUUCAGGAAGGUGGGCUGUUUUGACCCGUACAGCGAUGACCCCAGACUGGGCAUCCAGAAGAUCAGUCUGUGCAAAUACAGCAACAAGCUGGUGGUGUCUGGAACUGCUGGACAGGUGAUUGUUCUGGGUUUGAGCGACGAGCGUUCGGACCACGUGGUGGAUGUGUCGGUGGUCGAUCUGCUGCAGGACAGAGAGGGCUUCACCUGGAAGGGCCAUGACCGGCUGGAGCCGCGCCUCAAACCCGCCUCCUUCCCUCCGGGCUUUCAGCCGCUGGUGCUGGUGCAGUGCAUGCCCCCGGCCUCUGUUACGGCGGUGGCCCUGCAUGCCGAGUGGAACCUGAUCUCCUUCGGGACGAGUCAUGGAUUUGGUCUGUUUGACUACCACAGACGAAAUGCUGUGCUGGCCAGGUGCACCCUGCACCCUAAUGACUCCUUGGCGAUGGAGGGCCCCCUGUCCAGAGUCAAGUCCUUGAAAAAGUCCUUACGACAGAGCUUCAGACGCAUCCGCAAGAGCCGGGUGUCGGGCAAGAAACGCCCCAUCACCACACCCACCAGCAAGGUUCAGGAGGCCAACGCUGCUCUAGCAGAGCAGGAGGACGUGGCUCCCAUACAGCGAAGGAUCGAACCCCGGUCAGCAGACGACUCGCUGUCUGGAGUGGUCCGAUGUCUCUGCUUCGCUGACACUUUUCUACGUGACGGUACACACCACGGCCCCACACUCUGGGCGGGCACCAACUCGGGCAGUGUGUACGCCUACGCUCUGGAGGUGCCCGGCGUCGGCUCUGGGCGCGUGUGUGAGCGGGGCGGAGCGGGCGAGAGCAGUGUGUGUGUGGAGGCGGUUUUGGGUAAAGAGAUCCAGCUGAUGCACAGAGCCCCCGUGGUGUCCAUCUCCGUGUUGGACGGCCGGGGGAAACCGCUACCGGACCCGUACGAAGCCUCCCAGGACCUCGCCAGCGCGCCGGAUGUGACCAACGCUCACUCUGUCCUCAUCGCCUCAGAGGAACAGCUGAAGGUGUUCUCUCUCCCUAAGGUGAGCGCAAAGACCAAGUUCAAGCUGACGGCACACGAAGGCUGUCGGGUGAGGAAGGUGGCUCUGGUGAUGUUCGGCUCCGCUGCUCAGGAAGACUAUUGUGAACACACUCUGGUCUGUCUGACCAACCUGGGCGACAUGCACCUGUUCAACAUACCUGCCCUCCGACCACAGGUGCGCUACGACUGCGUCCGUAAAGAAGACAUCAGCGGCAUCGCAUCCUGCGUCUUCACAAAGAACGGACAGGGGUUUUACCUGAUCUCUCCCUCAGAGUACGAGAGGUUCUCGCUGUCUGCCAAGAUCCUCACUGAACCGCUCUGCUCCGUUCAGCUGGACCGACCGCUAGAGCACACACCGGCCAGCGACGGUGCGACGGCGCCGCCGCAGGCCAACGGAACCCACAAGAACCCGAUGGGUCAGGCUGAGGGACAAACGGAAGAGUCUCCCAGCUCCCUGUCCUCUCCCAUCCUGGACACCCCGCUGGACUCCCCCCUCAGCUGUGCUGACAUCACCCUCGACUCCACCGGAGAGAUCACUGUGGAGGACGUCAGGGAUUUUCUAACCACUGUGGACGAGGCAGAGAAUAACCUGAAGAACAUUAAAGAGGAGGAGGGACGCUCGACGGGCAUCCUCAUUAACUAAACAGUAUUACAGGGAGGGGCUCAAGUGUUCUGGAUGGACCGGAUUUCAGUGCUGGACCACAAACAUCUCCCAUCAUCCCACUGUGGAGCCCCCCAACCGGCAGUCUGCACUCUCCUGUUGCCCAGCACAGACUGGGAGGGAAGCCUUCAGACUCGUGCUGUUUGUUCCUCCCACUGGAAGAACUACAUCAUCUUCUUCUUCUUCUUCUUCUUCUUCUUCCUAUAUAACCACUUUGGAAACAUGACGCUGCCUCCCACAUGGAGCUAGAGACAGCCUACCUGGCACAGCGGGCCGCCUGGAUGGACUUGGAGCGGAUGAUUCUGAUUUCAUGCACUGAAAACUGAACUUUUUUUUCUCGUGAUCCAUCUCGACGCUCUGUGCGAUUUUGUUCCUCCUUGGCGCUUCUUCCCGAGGCGACUCAAUGGUCGUUGGGCCGUUACAGGAGACUCGCCAGUGACGUUUCUGUAUUUUUAUUUUUCUAUCCACAGCUGGGUUUGGUCUGAGGCUUCCCCACAGUUGGAACUGUAAUUGGCGCCCAAAUGGCGCCUGUUGGUUCCUCGUGCACACUCGUGGAUGCGCUGCUUAAUGACACCAGAGCCCUGCGAAUGAUCCGUGUUCAUGAAAUGAGGGUAUACAGCGGGGACUGAGAGGGAGCGUUGUGGAGUUCAAGACAGGAAGGAAAUGAAGUAUUUUGAAUAUUGAAGUCGAUGAAAUGUAUAUUCUUCCCCUCAUUGGUGCCAUUGAGUGCAGUUGAAAUGCUUCACCCAGAGUCCGAGGUGGUGCGUAAAUCAACUGUUUUCAGACCUUGUGUUUAAUACACACGAGCACAUCACCAACAAGGUUUCGAGAAGCUCUCUGGAGAAAGAAGAACUUGGAUAAUGAAGGUGUUUUGUAAUACAAAGAUUGAUGUUCUAUUGCAUAUGUUUUGUAUGGCUUUUGGAAAAAGUAAAGAUAUUUUAAUGACUAGAAAGAGGGUACGCAAGAUGAAAGGGAAAGAGCUGUUAAAGGGGGAAACUACGGCGUAUGAAGAGCUAGAGCAGAUUUAGGUGAAAUGAUAUUUUUUGAAAUACCUUUAUUGAUAAAUGCAUGGCCCAAGUUGCAAAUACAUUUCUUUAUCUUUCAGGCAAAAUCAGCAACUGUUUGAGGAGCUCAGAGCUUGUUGUGGUUAAUGUUCGAGUUUGGUAAAAUCCGGAUUGAAGAGCCGAGAGGUAAAUAAAGAGAAGGUGAAGUAUGUGGCUGAACGAAGCGUUUUUAAAUCCUCCAUCUCAUGCAGAAAUCUUUUUGACGGGACUCAGGGAAGUGUGGCGAGGGAAGCGAAGUCGGUCUGAAUGUGAAGUGUAACGUACUGUGUACUGUGAUGCACCCUGGAGAUUUCUUUUGUGGGUUUCUGUGAAUCGGUGCAUUCUGGGUAAUAUUGGCUAGAUGUGGAGCUUUGAUCACCGGUAUUUUUAACCCUUUUUAAAAAAGUUUUACUGUGUAAAAAACUAUAUACAGUAUCUUUCUCUAGGUGUACAGGAGACAGGUUUAUAACGUGAGGCCGAUGAUAGAGUAACGGUUAGAGCUUUGUAGAACCUGUCGUAGCCUAAAAACCGCUCAGUAUUCAAGCUUUGUGAUCACGUAAAAUUAAAUAAAGUAAGAAAAGGGACCUCACUACUAACUAUUGUUACUCAGCAGGUAUGAAUCAUGUUAAUGCUUUUUCACUUUUGUGUUAGCUUGUGUUGGUGCUCUGGUUGACACACGCAUAAUUAACUUCUUGAUGCUACAGCUGGCACCAUUUACACUUUUUUUUUUUUUUUUUUCACAAUUAAGAAGAAUUUGUUUCUACUUUUGUUCAGUUGUGUGUAGGAUUUUAAUCGGGUCAUUUAGCGUUUUGGCUGAUGGAGAAUUGUGAAUGUUAAUAAAAUGAUUUACUCUCUAUAGGAAUGGAUUGUGGUUUGGAAUUAAAGUGGAGGGUUGUGAAUCGUC